GACCACAGAAGGAUUACCACAUAUAGUCCAGCUCUACACCAAUGCGAACCGUGCUGCCCGACAUGCAAGCAAAGGAAAUCAGUUAGAAAUUUUGGCAAAAUCUAUGAUAUAUAAAGAAAUUAUGAGCCAUCUCUCUUAUGUUACACAAGAAACAUUGAGAAAAAGAACGCAGAGGGCCAACAUCAUUUAUAAUUUGUUUAGCGCAAUUGGUGUAGAUAAAAUUAGUAGGAUUAAAUCAUUUAGUGCAAAUACACUUUCUAAUCUUAAGACACAAGAUAUUGAAUUGAUUAAAUUACAU